CUUAAACUUGUAAGAUCUCAGAGUGAUGCCAGUUCAAUUGCAUCUGAUGACACAAUAAUAUUGCCUCAUGCAAUGACUCCAGAAAGGACCCAGAGAUGGCCGGAUGUUUGUCCAGUGCCAGCUUUUACUUAUGAAGUAGAACUCAUACUUGUUGAGGGAAAUUUGAAUCAUGAGAGAACAGGGAAAACCCUGAAGUUAUCAAGGGGACAGAAGCAUGACAUUCUUGAAACCCUUGCAUCCAAAAUGCAUAGCUUUAAAGCAUAUCCCAGUGAUAAAGACAUUUCAGUGGUUGCAGAAGCGCUUGUCACCACCCAUGCUUGUCUUAAAGAACCAGGAACGCAGACAGGAUGGUAUGGUUGGAAAAAUAGUCUGAAGUUUAAGAUGGGUAACUUCUGCACUAAGUUGAGUCGGGCAGGAUAUAGUGAGGUAGCUGUAAAUUCUGGAAAGAGAAGCAGAAACAACCCUGACAAACAAUCUCCCCACACUGACAUAAAGAGACCAAAAAGGGCAGAAGUGAAUUUUCUCCCCAACUUUCCAAAAGGAGAAGAUGGUUCAAGCCUUGAGCGACAGAGACUCCAGAUUGUAGAUGAAGUUAUAAGGACUGACAAAAACCUCCCUCUGAUUGCAAAGUUGAUGCAGACCACCUUUUCCCUGCGAUGCAAAGAGGUCAUCAAUGAUGACUUGCCUGUUGGAGAGAUCCUGGAGCGCUGGCCUGCCCUAAAGAUGGAGUCACAGAUUUGUGCAGAGUUUCACAGAAUCACAAACAUCAACCUGAAGAACCACUUCUAUUCUGAGUUAGACAGACAUGUCCUCGUUUCAGAGUUUGUUCAGGAGAAAGCUGCGCGCACAGGGAAGGUGUCGAAGUCCUGGAUCAGCUCUUCAACACUUAUGACCGCCAGUUUGGUAGGCAUUACCUAA